AUGAUUCAGAGCCCAUUUUUCACUCAAGCCUCUCUUUCUUCCUCGUCAGUCAUAGCACCCAAUCAAUAUCUACAUACAAUGGUUGCUAAAAAAAUCGUUCUACUCGCAGGAGAUCACGUCGGCCCCGAGGUUGUCGACGAGGCUGUCAAGGUUCUCAAAGCUAUUUCGGAAGCCCGCCCAUCUGUCGAGUUCGAGUUCCAAAACCACUUGAUCGGAGGAGCCGCCAUUGAUGCCACCGGAGUUCCAUUGCCAGACGAAGCUUUGGCAGCUGCUAAGACUGCAGAUGCCAUUCUUCUUGGAGCCGUUGGAGGCCCCAAAUGGGGAACCGGUGACGUUAGACCAGAACAGGGACUGCUCAAGAUCCGCAAAGAAUUGAACCUCUACGCCAACCUCAGACCCUGCAACUUUGCUUCUGAUGCCUUGUUGAAACUUUCCCCUUUGAAGCCAGAAAUUGUCAAGGGCACCGACUUCACUGUGGUACGUGAAUUGGUGGGUGGUAUCUACUUUGGCGAGAGAAAGGAAGACGAUGGUUCUGGGUUCGCCAGUGAUACCGAGGCGUACUCUGUUCCAGAGGUCCAAAGAAUCACCAGAAUGGCUGCUUUCUUGGCUCUUCAGAGCAAUCCUCCGCUCCCAGUCUGGUCUUUGGACAAGGCCAACGUUCUAGCUUCCUCCAGACUCUGGAGAAAGACUGUUGAGAAAACCAUCAAAGAAGAGUUUCCUCAACUGACUCUGCAACACCAGCUUAUUGACUCUGCUGCCAUGAUCUUGGUCAAGUCUCCAACCAAACUGAACGGAGUCAUGCUCACCUCCAACAUGUUUGGUGACAUUAUUUCCGAUGAGGCCUCCGUAAUUCCCGGAUCUCUGGGCCUAUUGCCAUCUGCUUCGUUGGCUUCUUUGCCUGACAAAAACACUGCUUUUGGUCUUUACGAGCCAUGCCACGGCUCUGCGCCAGAUCUGGACAAGGGCCUGGUCAACCCAAUCGCUACUAUUCUGUCUGCUGCCAUGAUGCUCAAGCUUUCGUUGAAUCUGGUAGAGGAGGGUAAUGCCGUCGAAGCUGCCGUUUCCAGGGUACUUGAUGCGGGAGUUAUGACCGGUGAUCUCGGCGGAAAGUCUUCCACCACUGAGGUUGGUGAUGCUGUGGCUAAGGCUGUGAAGGAGUUGCUAGCGUAA